AUGCUCUGGGAGCACGACAGCUGGCGGAGGCUUGAAGGCGCUUACCUUGCUUACCUCCAGCCACCACUACCACUGCUGUUGAAUGCGAUCGCAGCCGUUGCUCUUACUGGCCUCUUUCCUUCAUCAAAAGAUCCCCGGUCGGGCUCGCUCACGGCCCGAUUUCAGCGUAGAGACGUCCCGCCGGACCUUAUUCGAUUCAUGUAUCGCAAUCCUUGUGGGACCGAGCUGUUUCUUAUUGACAUGCCGGAGCGCCGUCCCUUCCAAUUGCCUCCUACAGAAGACGCAUACCUACGUGCUUCUCUAGGAGAUUAUCUUGGUCAUGGCCACUCGAGUAUCGUCUUCGAUCUCAUAGACGCCCAGCUGUCUGGUGCGAGCUCCGAGACCAUCAUCCCUCCUCUGGUGGUCAAAGCCGCACGCAUAAAUCGCGUUAUCUCACUCGUCCGCGAGGCCUGGUUUUACGACGAGAUGGAAUGCCUCCAAUGA